AGGAAGAUCCUUGUCUGAUGGACGUAAAGAUGCUUUGUAAUAUCCCCAAUAGAACAGCUUCCUAGGUCAGGUCAGGACACUGAAAAGAAUAUGGUCACCUUGUCUCCUUGCUGUUUCUCUUUUAACAUCAUGAUACACAGAUGGUGGUGUUUUAGACAAAAAUCCCUUUGUUUUACAUCUGAUUUUGCAGCUGAUUUUAUUAUUACUAAAAUUUUACUCCUUUUCCUUCAUUUCCUGUAUAAUCUGAUUUAUCUGGCGACUGUCUUUAAUGUUCUAAUUCUGUGAUGCUCUUCUUCCAAUAAGUUUAAUUAUCCUUCUCAUUUGUAUAUUUUCCGGAACUGCUUAUUGCAUACAGGUUCACGGUGUGGUCUGAGGAAGCACAGGGCACAAGGCAGGGGAUGGCCUGGAUAAAGGUUGCAUGGGAUCCACAGUCGCAUACUAUGGGGUGCUGAGGGACACCAGUUCACUUAGCCCGUCAGAGGUGCCUGCAACACCUGGCAGAAACAUCCAAAUGCAGGGAGAACAUACCAGCAAAACACGCAAUUUGGCUUGUAGUCAAGCCCAUGUCACAGCAAAUCUAUCCAGGACACACUGUACCGACACGAGAGUUGAAGACGAGUGUCAAACACGCAUAAGUGAUUCGGAAGCCAAGACGGGAGCAAGACGACUCCAGCAAGCAGCGGAGGUGUCACUCGUGAGAGGAGCGAGGGUCAUCUCUGCUGAAGAUAUUCUGUUUCUGAUGCGCAAAGACAAGAAAAAAGUGCGACGUCUGCUGAAGUACAUGCAGUUCAGAGACUAUAAGUCGAAAAUACUCAAGACCAUCGAUGACGACGAUCUGCUUGAUACCGACAAAUUCAGCAGCAGCAAUAACAAAAGACAGAAGCUCGUCCAGGAUUUCCUGAGCUCUAUCGACCAGACGGGGGACUUCUUGGCCCUGAUGGACGAGGAUGAUCUGGAUGAUGUGAAACAGGAACGGCUUGAGAGAAUUGAAAGGCAGACCAGGAUGAUGGAACCCGCUCAGUAUAGCGAAUUCUGCGAAAGUCGGCAGCUCAGCUUCUCCAAAAAAGCUUCCAAAUUCCGUGAAUGGCUGGACUGCAGUAGCAUGGAGGUGAAGCCCAACGUGGUUUCCAUGGAAAUCCUGUCAUAUUUGGCAUACGAGACUGUCGCUCAGUUGGUAGACCUGGCACUGCUGGUUAAACAAGACAUGACCCCUAAAACUGGAGACCCAUUCAGCCAUGCCAUUUCGGCCACCUUCAUCCAGUACCACAAUCCCACAGCCGAGUGUCUUCACCAGGGGCAGUCUGUCACUGUGAAGAGCAACCCAGAUUCCCCAGAAAAUACCCCCCCAUCCACCCCCAACGCGCCACUCACUGGUGGCCACCAGGGAAAACUCUUCUCCAUGGCCCAAGGCAAUGGGGGACUGGUCCAAGAUGGGAGCAGCAAAGUCAAGCAAAGGAAACGUAAAAAGAGCGCGGCAGCCUGCGGUAUGGAGGCAGAAAGUGGUGCCAUCCAGCCUGCCCACAUCAGAGAAGCUAUCCGGCGCUACAGCCAUAAGACUGGCCCACUCUCCCCCUUCUCAGUACGUAAUAACAGAGCUGUAAAAAAAAAAAAAAAGGUUAUAUUUAUAAUCUUACUGAACCCCAUUUUAAAGUGGUCGAACUCUAACAUAUUUGAAUUGUUGAGAGCAAUUUGUGGUUAGUGUAAUUUUCUGCAU